AUGGCCUGCACUUCGACCUUUGCCAUAGGCUCCCAUGAGGACCUGCCUGGUGCCGCAAGCUCUGGAGCGCAGCCUCAUGACGUUCAGCCGCGGCAACGGAGACGCCGUUCCUCCUGCAUUGUUCGACGGAAAUCGCUAGUUAACCAAAUCAUGGAUGGGGAGGAGGGUCUACUUCUCAAGGUCGACCUGUUCCUCUCGGAACUAGAGAGACGCCUUGAAACUCUGGAAAGCUACGGUGAAAUCAGCUUAGAUGCGAGCAUUAGUAGGGCGUACUCCACCUUGCAGGCGGUGCGCGCACGAUGCUCGCAAGUGUCGGAGGAGAUGAUUGGUGCUGGCCGAAGGCGGCUUCAGGUGAUGGUCGAAACACUGGACGCUCGCUAUCAUGAUGCACUUGCUGCUGCCGAGUCGAUGAACGAAAAGGCGAAAGUGGGCAUCGAGCUCAUGGACACGAUGCUUACAGACUACGAAACACGGGCCAUGAAGCUGAGGGACCAGGGACUCGCCAAUGCCGCUGACGCUGCGGGAUCUUUGAUGGACGAAGGCCGCCGAGUCGUGGAUGAAGGUAUUGAGCGUGCUCGUGGUGUGGCCAACGAGGGAAUAGAAAGAGCCAAGAGGGCAGCCGAGUCGCUUGAGGAGAACAUCCAGUACGCCGUCGCCCGCGCCAGAGAGCACGGACUGAUCAAAUAUGAGGAACUGCCAGUUCCUUGGCGAGUCAACCCUCACAUUCUCAAGGGCUACCGAUUCAGCGAAACGAAGUUGGGAUGCGUGCGGUCCAUGUUCAACUUCUCUAAUGAGACGGUCAACAUCUGGACGCAUGCUCUCGGCCUGCUGCUUGUCCUUUCGGUCGCCUUCUAUUUUUACCCUUCCUCUACACAUUUCAGCCUUAGCACAAAGACGGACGUCUUUAUUGCUGCCGUCUUUUUCUUCGCAGCUUGCAAGUGCCUGGCCUGCAGUACCAUAUGGCACACGAUGAACUGCGUUGCGGACCAGACCCUGCUGGAAAGGUUCGCCUGUGUUGAUUAUACUGGCAUUGCCCUGUUGAUUGCAGCAUCUAUCAUGACGACCGAAUACACGGCCUUCUACUGCGAGCCAAUCAGUCGUUGGACCUACAUGACUGCCACUGGCGUUUUGGGGAUUGCUGGCGUCAUCAUGCCGUGGCACCCCUAUUUCAACCGCGCCGAUAAGGCCUGGCUUCGGGUGGGAUUUUUCGUGGGACUAGGAGCUACGGGCUUCAUCCCGGUCUUCCAAAUCAUUUACACCAGAGGGCCGGCCUGGGCUUACGACUUCUACACCGAGUCGCACUUGGUGAAGUCCCUCUGUGUCUAUGUACUUGGGGCCGUGGUCUACGCCAGCAAAGUACCGGAGCGGUGGUUUCCCGGAGCAUUCGACUAUUUUGGAAACGCCCAUAACUUGUGGCACGUUGCCGUCUUGGGUGGCAUACUGUACCACUAUGUUGCGAUGCAGCAGUUCUUCGCCAAUGCCUUCCGUCGGGCACAGGACGGCUGUCCUACCUAUUGA